AUGAGUAUAUUUGCAACUCGGAAAGCAACGGUGAUAGCGACAGCUUGUUCAGCGAUCUGCUUCUUAAGUGUUGCAGUGUUAUUACCAAUGAUGCAUUUUCAUAGUCAGGAAAUAAUAUCAUCCAUGCUUUCACAGAUUGAAUUAUGUAAGGCUCAAUCGGGAGAUAUUUGGAAACAAAUUGCUUUGGUUGAAAAUAAAGUUCGAAAAGCUCGUUCUGACGGUUAUAACUUGCCGUUUAGUGGUAAUUUCCCAAGUGGUGCAUGUUGUGCUUGUUCACAAGGAUUACCAGGACCUCGAGGAUUACCCGGAAAAGAUGGCAUACCGGGAAAAGCAGGUGGACCAGGUAAAGAUGGAGCCAAUGGACGCGAAGGUGUAUAUCUUCCUGCACCACCAUUAGGCUCAAAUAGUUGUCAAAAAUGUCCUCCAGGUCCGCCUGGACCACCUGGUCUACCUGGACCAAAGGGAAAACGUGGCAAACCUGGAUCACCAGGCAAGGUAGGAAAAACUGGAGAACCAAGUCGACCUGGACCACCAGGACCACCAGGACUUCGCGGAGAACCAGGACCUCCUGGACCAAAAGGACCACAGGGUGAUCGUGGUAGAGUAUUAAAUGGAGCACCACCUGGACCAGCAGGUCCACCUGGAAGUAUUGGACCACGCGGUGCACCCGGUAGCAAAGGGCAUGAUGGAAAAGCAGGUCAAACCGGGAAUCAAGGUAUACGAGGUUCAGUAGGAGAGAGAGGAAGUUCAGGAGAUCCUGGACCACCAGGUCCACCAGGAUUACCAGGUGAACCUGGAUUAAUUGGUAGCUGCUCUCAUUGUCCAGGAGUUGUUCCAUUACGUAGUCCGGCUUUUUCUCCUGAAACAUAUACACAAAAAUCAUCGAAAUCAAAAGUUUCAUCUACGGAAGUACCACAGAACGCUGAAUAUUCUUAUUCAAAUUCGCUUCCGAAAUAUAAUGAUAGGGAAUAUUUGUGGAUUCUGAAAUAA